AUGGAGGCCACCUCCCCGCCUCAUCCUCCCACCACCGUCCGCCGGAACCCACCCCGCCGCGCGAGGCCUCCCCCGACCCCGCUCACCGGCGCCAAACCCAAACCCUCCUCCCUCUCCCGCCUGCUCGAGGAUGAAGCAGCGUCCGCCGCCUCCGUUCCCCGCCCGCCGCAGGAGGACCGCCUCAAGGUCUUCCUCCGCAUCCGCCCACUCCCGGACCACCGCGAUCGAAGCCGCCCAGUGCCCGCUGCCAAGGAGCCGCGCCGGAAGCCCAAGCAGGGCGGACCCGGACCCGGACCCGGGCCCGGGGAGGUCUGCCUCGCGCCCACCGGACCCAACUCUGUCGCACUAACUGUCCCACGGUCGAAGCUCGUCGACGCCAAGCGAGGUCCACUUUCCUCCUCACAGCAUGAUAUCUUCGCGCAAGUCAUGAACCCUCUGGUGGAUGACUUCCUGGGCGGAAAGAGCGGCCUUCUGGUUGCAAUGGGCCCCACAGGCUCUGGAAAGACGCACACCAUCUUUGGUAACCCAAGGAAUCCUGGUAUACUGCCCCUCACGCUGAGGAGAAUCUUCGACGCACAAGGCGAAAACAAGGUUGCCAGGAAACCAGCAAGGUCAUUUUUCCUAUCAGUGUUUGAGAUACUUUCUGAGGGAAAAGGGGAACGCAUUCUUGACUUACUGUCUGAUGCUGUGGAGUGUGUUCUUCAGCAGUCAGUGAUUAAAGGUCUUCAAGAGGUUGCCCUUUCAAAUCCUGCAGAUGCGGAGAGCUUGAUUUCACGUGGUAUGCUAAAGCGCAGCACGGCUGCAACAAAUGCUAACAGCAACUCAAGUCGAUCUCAGUGCAUCAUCACGAUACGCGCAGACAGUGAACAUCCACUUAGUAGUGUUGUUCUGACCAUAGCAGACCUUGCUGGCGCAGAGCGGGAAAGGAGAACCGGAAAUCGAGGUUCAAGGCUGUUAGAAAGUAACUUCAUCAACAACACAUCCAUGGUUUUCAGUCUCUGUUUGAGGUCUCUGUUAGAACAUCAGAAAAACCAGAAGAAGCCCUUGGAAAAGCAUUUCAAGAAUUCCAUGUUGACAAGGUACUUAAGAGACUACCUAGAAGGAAGGAAGAAAAUGACUCUGAUCUUGAAUGUGAAGCCAGGGGAUGAUGAUUAUUUCGAUACAUCAUUUUUGCUUAGACAAGCAUCUCCUUACAUGAAAAUAAAGUACACUAGCCUUGAGGACUCUUCUGACUUGGCUUCCCAAAAGAGAAUCAAUGUUUCCUUGAUUUGCCAAGAGAACAAGAAAAAAAGGAAGGUUCAGAAGCCUGAAGUCCUUGUGGUUGAAGGAAAGGAAAAUGUUGAUACAGAUGAUAUUUCUAAAGUUUCUGAAAAAGAUGGCGCACAGCAUGUGUCUCUCAACUCAGAUAUGCCAAGAGUAUCCAGAAGCGAAGCAAUAAUGACAAACUUUGCCAGGGCUUUAUUGACUGUAUUAAGACAGUAUAAGCACAAACUUUUGGAGUCGGAGAAUUCUGCUGAAAGCAUGAAAGAAUUGAUUAGAGAUAAAGAUAUCCAAAUUAGAGAUAAAGAUAUCCAAAUUAUGGAGUUGAAAAAGGAGCUGGAGGCUGUAAAGUAUUGUUCAUGCAAGAGCUCUCCAAUAACUGAAGAUGACUCUGUUAACCAUGAUGAUUCUGCAUCAUCUGGUCAAGCUGCUCAGAGUUUGGUUUCUGUAUCAAAUCAACCUGACCUGGGAUCUUAUGAUGCUUCAAAAGAUAAUUUGCAUGUAGAAGCACAAGAAUUGACAUGCUGUGGUCCUCAAAAUUCUUCAGCUCCUUGUAUCCUGAAAGGGGAAUCUGACAGUUGUGAUGCUUCGUCUGUUUCUUUGAUAGAUGAACAAGUGUGCUCCAGAGAUUUUAAGGUAGAGCUACAAGUGUUUCGUAAGGAAUUGGAUAGAUCUGAAAGUUUUACUGUGUCAGUACCUGCACACACUGGUGGUGCAAUGCCUGCAUCUAGCUAUUCAGAUCAAAGCUUGACAGAAGAUGAUGCACUUCUGUGCCUGAACACUGAAAAAACCAGGCUAUCUCCACAUUGCACUACCAGUAGCAAGACAGCUACUAUAGGGCAAAGUGAAGAAGAAACGGAAGAGUUGAGCAAGGAUAAGGAUAUUCAACAUAUUAAUAUAAGAGAAGAGAAGCAUCCUGAAUCUCGGAGCUCUUCACAGCAAGUGAUGUUUGACACAGAAGGUACCAGCUCCAGUGAGUCAUCCUUGCUUGGAACGGUUGCUUCUGAAAUGAAGCUUGAGGAACUGAACCAGAAAUCUGAAAGAUGUGAACCCGCUGUAGAAAAGGCUACCGUGGAACUGGAGCAUGGUAUAGACUGUGGUCAAGCUCCAGACCAAAAGCGUGAUCAUGCCCCAGCGAAAGCUGCAAAGGCUCCAAGCAAGUGCAGGGAGGCAGAUGAAACUGCAGAUACAAAUAAGGAAGCUUUUGGGUCUAGGCCUGGCAGUAUGAAGAAAACCAGGAGGAGGUUACAGCCAGCUGCCGCUAUGUUGCUCAGGGAAUUCACUGGCGCUGACAUUGAUGCGGAUAACGAAAUGGAAGAAAGAUGCAGGUCAUCAUCCAUAUCUAGGGUGCCAACCGGGAGAUCAGAUGCACUUGUGCAACUUCUGAUGAAAGGCCGUCCAGGCGGUCCAGUCCGUAGAGCAUAG